CUCUUAGAUUUUAGGAAAAAAACCAAAAUAAAUCAUAGGGUGUGUAAUAACCUUACCAUAGCAGGAACGGCCGCGGUCCAUUGCGAUGGCAAUCUGAUGGGGUGAGUUGACGGCCGGUGGUGGUGCGCUCACAGCAGCGGCGAGGCAAGGAACAGAAAAUGUGACGGGGUUUCGCCGGCGGUGGAUAUGGAUGAAACAUAUUGAUUUUUUCAAGGUGAAUAUCCAAAAUACUACCCUCCCUCUCCCUCCCCACGCGUGAAAGAGAGAGAGCGUUGUACAUGUCUGUAGAAGUUGUUAUGCAUGCAAUCCGCUCCGGACGCUUUCCGCUUUCCGCGUCUCCAAAGUCCAAACACAGCCACGGCCCACGGUUGUUGCUCUAUAUAUUCGUCCUGUCCUGGAUCCAAACCUCAUCCAUUUCGCCUCCAGCACCGCUAGCUAUCUGACUUCUCGUCCCCUACGCCGCCACGCUUGCCUCCGAUCCAUCACCACCCGCCCGCCCGUCAUUCUGCUGCGAUCCUCGCCACCGGUUUGCGAUGCUCGCCAAGCGCGUUGCUGCCAUCAGCUUCUUGCUCGACCGCGACGACGACGACUCCUCCGGCGCGGGGGCGGGGUGGUGCAAGCGGCGCCGUCUCUGGACGACAGCGGACUACGAGACGACCCGGGUGCUCGGGGAGGGCAGCUUCGGCGCCGUCGUCGAGGCGCGGCACCGCGCCACGGGUCAGGCCGUCGCCGUGAAGACACUCCGCGCGCCAGCUGGUGCUGGGGCGGAGGCGGAGGCGGGGGCCAAAGCUAGCGCGAACGCCGUCGCCUCCAAGACGCUGCAGGAGGCCGAGCUCCUCGCGGCCUGCCGCGGCCACCCGUCCCUGGUCGGCCUGCACGCGAUCGCCAUCAGCCCCGCUACGGCCGAGAUCGCGCUCGUGAUGGAGUGCGUCGGUCCCAACCUCCACGACGUACUCAACGGAAGCCGCUACCGCGCCGGCCGCCCGUUCACGGAGCAGCAAGUGCGGCUCAUCAUGCGGCAGCUCCUGGCCGGGGCCAAGCACAUGCACGCGCGCCGGAUCAUGCACCGGGACAUAAAGCCCGGGAACAUCCUUGUCGGCUCCGGCUCCGGCGCCGGCGCCGAUGACCGCGAGCCCGUCUCCGUCAAGAUAUGCGACCUCGGGCUCGCCGCCUCGAUCACCAAGCCGGCGUACGGGCAGGCCGGCACGGUCCGGUACAUGGCGCCGGAGAUGCUCCUGGGGAAGCCCGACUACGACGCGAUGGUGGACAUGUGGUCCCUCGGCUGCGUCAUGGCGGAGCUCCUCACCGGGAAGCCGCUCUUCGACGGGGAGGACGACAUGGAGGUGCUCAGCUUGAUAUUCGGCGUGCUCGGCGUGUCGGAGCGGACGACGUGGCCGGCAUUCAAGUCCCUCCCGCUCGCCGCCAUGGUGCCCCUGCCGCCCGUCCGCCACCCCAGCAUGCUGCCGAAGCUCUUUCCCAAGAAGCUCCUGUCCGCGGAUGGAUUCGGCCUCCUGCAGCGGCUCCUCUCCUGCGACGCCGACAAGAGGCCGUCGGCGUCGGUCGCGCUCCGAAGCCCGUGGUUCACUAAAGACACGGACUCUGCUGCUUCAGUUUCUGCUACAGCAAAGAUGGCUCAAUGAUCUGAUCUAGAAGAAGAUUGUCUAACGUAUUACUAUACGCGUACUAACCGACAGUUAUGAACUUAUGAUAGAUUGAUUGUUAUAUGCUUUAUUUUAUGAACUUGUUUGU